UUCAGUCCCUCAUUGUUUGUUUCUUGUUCUUCUACCUAGCCAUCAGAUCUUCUUGUGGAUUUGGUGUCGGGAACGCUGUUGUGUUCGUCGAUCUGGGGAAAUUGCGGAGGAGUUCUGUAAAUUCAUUUACUCGGAUAUCAGCGAUUAUCAGGCAAAAUAUUGGGGAGUAAAUGUCGAAGAGGAAAUUGGAGCCGAAGGCUGGUUGUGCAAGGUCGAAAAGGAAAUUGGUAGAGAAGGACGUUGUGGGGGGUCAAGUGAAUCAAAAAACAGAAGCACUGAAUCCCCAUGUGUGUUCAGGUAGAACAAAGGCACCAAAUUUGACUUGCCGUGUGGAGUCAUUUGGAAGAAUAUGUCAGAAGUUUGACGAGAGACGGAAGAGGUGGGUGUCUGAAAUGGGGUUUUCUGGCCUCCUUCAUUUAGCUUCUGGGAUGCAUAUGCCUAGGCAGUUGGCAUAUUGGUUGCUGAGUCGGGUGGAUCCCAUUUGGAAGAUGUUGAUUUCUCCCAAGGGGUCUGAGUUUAAGUUGUCAGCUAAUCAAGUACAUUGGAUACUUGGCAUCCCGAAUGGUGGCAAGUGUGUUCCCUUGAAAAAAAAUAUGAGGCUAGAUGUUAAGGACCAGGUUGAGAAGUUGCUCAGUCGAUACAGUUAUUCAUGGGAAACAAAAUGCACGAGAUACAAAGGACGUGCGUAUGUUGUGAAGGGCAUCCAUGUCAAUUCCACUAUAAUGGAUAGAGUUGAAGGUAAUUGGGAAGAGAACGAGGAGGCUGAAUUUAAGACCCUAUUUCUCAUUCUUUCACUUCAUAUGGUUCUCUUCUCUACACAGUCACCACGGUUAUCUUCCGAUUUGUUGCCUGCUUUGACUUGUGCAACUGAAUGUGCUAAGUAUGACUGGUGCAACUUAGUGCUGUCCAAAUUUUUGUCUUCUGUCUCUUCAUUUGCAAAGCGUUUAGAUGCAACAGGAAAUGGUGGUGGUAGCGGUGGCUGCUUGUUGUUUAUUGUGGUCUUUUACCUGGAUCGGCUUAUCAGGGAUCCCCUUCGCUGGGGGACAUUCCCCCGAAUAACUGUUUGGGGGUAAACAUGAUAUACGUCUUACAGCCAGAGAUGAUCGCAUUAGCGAUGUUGGCGAAUUUGGCAAACUUGGGAUGCUAAAUGUUGCUUAUGGUGAAACCCACCCUUUAGACACGAGGGAUACCAGUGGACCUCCUGAAUCCUGUUGUAAGAUCGAAGUCCCAGAAACGAACUCAUCCCGAAAGCCCAGGCGAAGGAGGCCUUGGAAGGGUGCUGGUGUAUCGUGGUUCAAUUAAGUACGGCCAGAGGUACCUAUUAUCAUGUAACGAAAUGUGUCUUGUAUUCUUAAUGAGCUGAUCGAUUUGUUACUGAGUUUGGGCUGAAUAAUUGGACAUUAUAGCUUAUAAUGUGAAACAAAGGCUUGGGCUUAGCCCAAACCAAGUGGAUGAACUUAUUUUUGAUAAUCCUCUUAGCCCAAACUCACAUAUGAUGAUUUUUCUGAGUUUGGACUUAAUAAUUGAACAUUAAAUCUUGUAAUGUGAAAUAACGGCUUGGGCUUAGCCCAAACCAACUGGAUGAACUACUUUUUAAUAAUUGUUUUCGCCCAAACUUACAAAUGAUGAUUUUA